AAGAGACCGAGGCGGACGUUACGUUGGUAAAAAGUUGGUCGCCAGCGUCCUGCCGUGCCCGCCCCGUGCCCACCGUCUGGCUCCAUGCUGGGUCUGAUCUCCCGCGGUCCCCAGCUCCCCAGCUCCCCGGUCCCACCCUCUCAGCACCAGAACCCCAGGCCGAGACUGGGGGCCCCCUAGCCCGCAGCCCUAGGAAGAGAGAGCUGCAGCCAUCAAAUCCAAUUCCGAUUCCCAUUCGGGUUGGGCUUUUGGAUGCAAUUGCAUCCCCGGCCCUCCCCGUCGCCUUUCAUCUCAUCUGUAAAUCUGCUGCCGUUACCACCUUGGCCCUCUCCGUCCUCGACACGCGCCAGCUCGCACCAGCCAGAACACCACCUCCCCUCCCCGACAUCAACCUGCCUUCUUAGAGGCCCUCCAGCCGUGACACGCCCGGCGCUGCUUCUCCCCUCUCUCCAACCUUACCCCAACACUGGGCUUUGUUUGGAAUGGACUGCGCUCACUGACGGACGGCCGCCUGUCCACAUACCCCACACGUCCAAAGAUCGACAUCCCGCCCAACCGUGAACCCCGUGCAUCUCUGAACAAGACGACCCCCAUAGGAAGACACACCUCUUUCAGACCCAUCGUGGCCCGCCUGCCCGAACGACAGCCCGCGCACGCUCUCACUUCAAUCCGCAGUCGCCCGGCAGCACACCGCUCGCUCGCCCCGAGUCAGUCCAGCCUUUGUCCGCCUGCCUCUUCGCGACCUUACCACCCGCCUCGAGGCUGCCCGAGGCGGCACCGAGGGACACACGCGUACACCGGCCGUCCCGUCCGGGGCCCACCAUCCACGAGCCCUACUCCGCGCUGCAGCUUGCCGUGCCUCGCGCCCCGUGAGACUCGCCGUCAGUUCCACCCACGGCCGUGACCCACGGCCGGCUCCCCAGCUGUCGACCUUGACGAACCAGUCCUGGACUUGUUUGUGCCCGUUGUUGGUGGUUGCGGCAUUAGUCGUGGUGGUGGCUUUGGUCUAUUUGCGCUUUGGCUCCAGCCCUCUGCCGAGAGCUUGGUCUUCAGCUGCGCCCAACAGACCAGCGCCAGGAGAUGACCGGAUAUCUCUGAGCUUCCACCUGUAUCCUUCUACGUGGGCGAUAGACUUCGUCGCCGCCGCCCCGCCGCCCCGCCGCCUCGUUCACGGUUUGGCUCCGGUCAAGGCCAAGCCAGCCAGCCAGCGAGGGAAAUCCGACAUCUUUGCUCACACUGGAAGGAAGCUUUGUCUUGGUGGCCUUACAGAGGAUGCAGACUGCGCGAGGCUCUUCAACAGGCUGUCCCUCAUAGCCUGGGCAUAUCACAGAUGAGGUGCAAGAUGAGGGUUGCUAUCCGAGAGCAAUUGGCUGUACUUGUUACUCUCGUUGUACUGGUAGGGCUCGCCAUUGUGUCCGUGCCAGUAUGGAUCUUCGUCAACAACUUCGUUAUACAAGUGCAGUCCAGCGGCUUGGCCUUGACAGCUUCCCUCAAGGCCACCCGUAUCGCGUCUGAAGUCCAGCUGAUCCAGACGACUUGUUCGACAAUAGCCACGAGGAUACUGAUACAACAGGCACUGCAGUCGUACUACCAGGGCAACACGACCGAUAGCAACUGGGCUUCUGCAGGCACGGAUUUUCAAAGUGCCCUCGGCUCCGGCGGAGGGAACCUGUACCAGGUCAAGGUAUUUUCGAGGAACACUACGGGCCCGUCCUCAGGUCUUUUCAACGCCACUGGCAAUACCACACCGCGAAUUGAGCUUCCUUACGAGACAUCCGAGGGCGUGAGGCCCAUCCUCGGUGACCAGGAUGGGGGCUUUCCACCGUCUCUCUAUCCAAAUAUCACUUACAACGACACGGGGGUGCCGAGCACCAACAAUCCCACCACGAACAGGUUCACCGCCUUCGCAUUCACUGGGGUCCGUUUGAACCAAGAUAAUGGCCUGCUGUUAGGCCCCCUCAUGAUAAACGAGACUUUUGCUCUGAUUUCCCUGACAAUUCCGAUAAGAUCGACGAGAUUGCCGGGUUUCAUCUUGGGCUAUAUGACCGUUGUCGCUUCAGGUAGUCCGCUCGUGAACGUCACGACUUCAAGAGAAGGUUUAGGUGAUACGGGCGUCGUGUUGAUCAUUGGGCCAAUGGCCACAUCAAACAGUUUCAACUCAUCACUGCCACCAAGCAACUCAACUUAUACGCCGGAUGACCUCGAUGCUUUCGGGGACAUACCAAUGCGGUUUGUACUGCCUCCUACACCAGCCCCAACGGGGGCUCGACGGCACGAGAAGCACAGCUUCGCUUCGGGACUUUUCGAUCGCCCUUUCCUACUGCGAGACUUCCCAGCCGCAAGGACAGAGUUCUCCACACAAAUCGACACCGUAAACAAUGCUAGUUCGGACUUGUGGUCGAGAAAUGAGCAAGGGACUGCCGUGUCGGUUGGGUUCGCCCGUCCACAGAACUCGCUCUUCAAUUGGGCCGUCGUUGUCGAACAAGCCCGCUCCGAAGCCACAGCUCCGAUCAGUACGCUGCGUACGAUUCUACUCGGCUGUGUCUUUGGAACUGCUGGUGCGGUCGCGAUACUUGUCUUUCCAUGUGCCCAUUGGAGCGUCAUGCCGAUCAGACGGCUGAAAGAGGCCACGGAGAAGUCCGUUGCUCCGCCAGGAUACCACGACGAGCUUGCAAGGUUUAAUACAUAUGAUGAGGAGGGGAUGCUUUCGGGCACGACUUCCAAAAAGUCCAUCAAAGGCAUUGCGGCGUGGAUCUCGCACAAGCUAGGACGUCGUCACCGCCGACGACUCCUAGCAGAUGUCGAAAGUGACUCGCACCGGCGGGUGUUCAAAAUCCCGGGCAAGGUCGAAAGCCACAAGCACAUUGUCACUGACGAGUUGACGGAGCUCACCGCGGUCUUCAACGAGAUGAGCGAUGAACUAUUGAAACAAUACACAUCGCUGGAUGAAAAGGUCGCCGAGAGAACGCGCGAACUGGAAAUUAGCAAGAAAGCAGCCGAAGCAGCGAACGAGAGCAAAACCUUGUUCAUCGCCAACAUCUCUCACGAGCUUAAAACACCUCUGAACGGCAUCAUGGGCAUGUGUGCGGUGUGCAUGGAAGAGGACGACAUCGUCAGGAUCAAGCAGUCCCUCAAGACGCUGUACAAAUCCGGCGAUCUCCUCCUCCAUCUCCUCGACGACCUACUCAGUUUCUCCAAGAACCAAAUUGGCCAUCAAGUAAAUCUUGAGGAACGCGAAUUUCGGCUAGCGGAUAUCCGGUCACAGAUACUCUCCAUCUUCGACAAGCAAGUGAAGGAGGGGCGCAUCACCCUGACGGCUGAUUUUGUAGGUGCUGACCCCGAUGGCCAGCCUGCCGAUAAGGACCUUGACCAAGGGAAGCGUCUCCCGGCUGUUGGUCCUCAAGGUCUAGGGCGUCUGAAAGACAUGUGUCUCUGGGGCGACCAACACCGUAUCUUGCAGGUCUUGAUCAAUCUAGUCAGCAACAGCUUGAAAUUCACACCUGCGGGUGGCAAGGUCAUGGUACGCAUCCGAUGUCUUGGAGAAGCAGAGUCAAGCGACGAGAGCAGGGCGUCAUCCAUGUCGAGAGCCUCGAGUGGUCAAGGUCGCGGUCGAGGUCGCCUGGGAUCCGGCUCACAGCACUCGAUGAGCUCUAGAGGCGCGUCGUCGUCUAUUGUGCAGUCACAGGUCCAGAAAGGCACCGCCUUAUCCAUAAACCCCGCGGAUCCUAGACCAAACCCCCACACAACAAGUAUGGACAGCCCUGCGACGCCGCCGCCGCCCAAUGCCAAAGCAUACAUGUUCGAAUUUGAGGUGGAGGACACCGGCCCUGGUAUCGCCGAGCAUAUGCAACAACGAGUGUUUGAGCCAUUCGUGCAAGGAGACCUGGGCCUAAGCAAAAAGUACGGCGGCACCGGUCUCGGUUUGAGCAUCUGCUCUCAGUUAGCUACACUGAUGGGCGGCAAUGUCUCUUUAAGAAGCACAGUGGGCGUCGGAACGACCUUCACAGUGCAAUUGCCUCUGAAAUAUACCAAAGACAAGCCUUCCAGUGUCGCAUCAAGCAGCGUGGGUGGUGGCUCAAGGCCGCCAAGCGUGGCUUCUGCAGACGUCGAGGCCCACCAACAAUUGGUGGAAGGCCCCCCUGCCGAGGGCUCGAAAUCGACAGGCACGACAGGUGUUGACAAACAACCACGGCUCGUAGGCCUAAGCCAGCCCUUUUUCGCCGCUGUGAAAUCACAAACCCCCAAGAGUGACGAUGAAAAAAUGGCCAUGAUAAACCAAGCUAUGGAAAAGAAGACAGGACCUGGGAAACUGCGUGUGUUAGUGGCUGAUGACAACAACACCAACAUCGAGGUUGUCAGCAGAAUGCUAAAGCUCGAGGACGUGUACGACGUGACCAUCGCCAAGGAUGGGCAGGAAGCCUACGAGCUGGUGAAGUCGAACUUCGAGCGUAACGAGCGAUUCGACGUCAUCUUCAUGGACAUCCAAAUGCCGAACCUAGAUGGGCUGCAAAGCACGAGGCUGAUCCGCAAGAUGGGCUACAACGCACCGAUUGUUGCGCUCACGGCGUUCUCCGACGCGAGCAACGUCAAGGACUGCAUGGACUCGGGCAUGAACGAGUUCCUCGCGAAGCCUAUUCGGCGGCCAGCGCUGAAACAAGUGUUGCAAAAGUUUGCGACGAUACCAGAGGAGCCGGAGACGGCGAGUGUGCUGACGAAGAAGUCCACGCCAGAAGCGACAACGCCGGCCGAUGCGCCGGCGGAAAAGAAGGAUAUCGGGCUGGUCUCGGCGACAGAGGUUGCUUCUCCGGAGGAAGAGGAACACUCUAAUGGGGUGGCUUCAGCGGGGAAGAACUGAGCUGUCCGCUCCUGAGACCUGACCUCGUACCUGACCACGCCGGUGGCGAGCUGGAGCCGAGAGGGAGUCUUUUGGCAAAAAUUGAUUGGGAGCGGGGAUUAAAAACAAGAGCGACUGGCUCUGACUUACUAAUGGCCUGGUUACAUUUCUUUUCAGUCGCCGGGAAGCAUUGAGGGCCGGAGUAUAUUUACUAUGGAUUUUGUAAUGACGGAAACCUCCACACGGGGGUCGAUAUAUAAUUUGGGGGGGGGGCGGGGGCAUUUGGGGUUUGUGAACGGCGUUGAGGGCACACGAUACACCAAAAACACGAGAAGGUGACGGCGUCCUGGCGUUUGUUAUUACCCACGAUACGACUGUCGAUGCAUUGUGGUGGUGGGUCUCUUGUGACAAAGGGCGAGAUUUCCUAUUGGCCGUGCAUACCAAAAACUGAGGGUUUGUGGGAGGCAUUCUACUGAGCGUACACCGAUAUGAUUUCUACUCUGGCUUCUUAGCUCCACCUUUUUGUUUUCCUUGUCACGGUGUCGUGGCCCCGGGGAUGAAGCCAAAGACAGACGAUUUGGUGGGCGGGCGUGAACCGCCUGGGCCGCCUGGGACAGCUUUUCACAGGGCACGCGGGGUGGGGAACACGUGUGUGGAUUGUAUGACAGCCGGGGUCAAUGUGAGGGGGACAAAAUGCAAUGCGAGGAGGGACAUGGCCGACCCGAGUUAUAUGCGGCUUGUGAAAGGGGAAUGACAUGAACGCUGUGAGCCAUGAUGGCGACGCUGCUGUUGAUGACCAGUCUCUUUUGAGAGACAAGCGUAGAAGACGGUUGUUUCAGUGAAAUGUAACCUGUCAGCUUACAGUUGGCGCACAGCAGCAUUCGGCGCCGGGGCCAGGAGUUUGCAACUGUGGCCGCCAAGAAUUCCAGCAAGCUCAAACUGGAGUGCUGGGCCGCGGCAGUCGUGAGGAGUCAAUUGCUGUCGUUGUUGGAUGUGGAUGGUGCCAUGAUGCCAUGACAGGAGGUGUGGACGCUCAAGGGACGAUAUAUCUACUUAAGUAUCUAUGUAUCUAUGCAGGCACUAGUCCAAGAGUUUUGGCAUGAGCAAUCUCUAGCCGCCGGGGCUGUAAGCGCCGAGCUGUCCCCGGCUAAGAGGAGCCUGCAAGGUUCCAAGGUCCAUCAGAAGAGGCUCACCCCUGCAGCGUCCAGAGCCCAGAGCUUGCGCGGCGCAGCCAUUGGUUGGCUGUUGUGUGUCCUGCUAGCCUGCCUUUCUUGGGAGCUUGGGCCCGGAUUAUUAUUAG